GCCCGCCAUGAGCGGCUCUUUCGAUAAGAAGCUCUCCAGCAUCCUGACGGACCUCUCGGGCUCCCUGAGCUGCCAUGCAGCCUCCAAGGACUCUCCCACCCUGCCCGAGUCCUCGGUCACCGACCUGGGCUACUACACGGGCCAGCACGACUUCUACCCGGGCCAGUCGUACGGGCAGCCCGUGGGCCACUACCCCUACCCGCAGUUCAACCUCAACGGCAUCGGGGCCGCGGGCACCUACUCGCCCAAAUCCGAGUAUUCCUACAGCCCCUCGUACCGCCAGUACGGGCACUUCAGGGAGCAGCAGCUCCCGGCGCAGGAGGCAG